AUGGUCUCCCGCAAGAAGUAUACUGAGGGUAAUCGUACUACCCCAAAAAUGGUUUGCCGUGUAUGCCUAAAGGAUCACCCUAUACGUUUUUGCAGAAAAUUUUUAAAAGAAAACUAUCAAGAGCGUAUGCGUAUUGUCUCGUUUUAUAAGUAUUGUGCUGGAUGUCUGAGCCAUGACCAUACUUGGCGUACUUGCCGAAGCACAGGAAAGUGCAAACGAUGUGGUGACAUGCACCAUACACUGUUACACAAGCCUAGUUCACGACCUCGUACGUCGCGACAAAAUGGUAACAAGAAUGUUAAACAUUUACGUAAAGGACCUGGUGCAUCGAAUCGCAAAACCGAAAGGGGACCUAGUUCGUCCCAAUUGCCUGAAGAAGGACCUAGUUCGUCCAACGUUCAGGAAAGUGAGAGACCUAGUACGUGUCGAGCUUUAGUACCAGCUGGUUCAAGAAACAUCGCAUUAACGCCAAGGAAAAAAUCAAAGGGACGAUCCGGAUCAAGCUCUGUUUCUAUACCGCUAUAUCAGAUUACAGAGAUGAUUAUACUAAAGCCAACUGCACUUAUCAAAAUAGUUGCCAACGAACGGUAUAUUUUGGAACGAGCUGUUAUUGAUCCUAGUGCAGAGUUUUCUAUUACAUCGGAUGAAGUUGUGAAGCGCUUAAAUGCCAGAACCGUUAAGGUUGGGAAAACGGAGAGAUGUUUGAUAACAAUUCGUGGCAAUUUUGGAAUGAGCACAACGGUAGAAACCUACGCUCAAGUUCGACGUGAUUAUUGUGUAAUUACACCGACCAAAUCUCUAGAUGACAGUAUUGUGGAUGAUUUUCUGGGUUUACAACUAGCAGAUCCUCAGUUUAAUGUUUCAUAUAAGGCUCAUCUGAGUGAUGUGUACCCAAGAAUAAUAAAAAACGGUAUCGCAGGCGGAACUUUUGGCAAACCAUUGGCACAAUUUUCGAUAUUCGGAUACAUUAUAUCUGGAUCAUUUGCGAAAUAA